CUUUGGUACAGAGGUUCUGUUGCAAUCUGGGGAAGAAGUGUCAUCUUUUACCUACUGCAUAUGUUAAAAGAGGCUCCAAGUAGGAAGUGAAGGUGAUUCGGGGCUGUAGGAAGAAUGGAGACGGCAAUGAACAGGACAAGGAAUGAGGUCACAUACACUCAGAGUAACCCACUGUUUGGCAUGUCACUCAGCAGGAGUGAUCUCUACAGCGUUCAGUCUGAUGACCUGAAGCGAUCCAGGCCCAGGAAACUACAGUGUUUUCAUGUCAUAGUUAUUUACCUCAUCCUGCAGACAGUCCUUAAUGCUUUUCUUCUUUAUAAAGUUUUCACAUUGGAGGCUUCACUGGCUCGCCCCAGAUCAGAGGGGCAAACAUCCAAUGACGGUUCUCAUGGUUAUGAAAACUUCCAAAGUCUCAUACAAAACAACAGUCAGGAAACCAAGACCCUGAGACACCACCUAUGGACCCUGGAGAGCCAGAUUAAAGGCCUGUGUGGUGAGGAAGGUCAGUUGGACAAACUGAAGACCGACCUGAGCCUGCUCAAUGCCACCACCCAUAACCUGGAAGGCAAGCUAACAGUCAUCAGCUUGAAGCCAGGACCCCCAGGUCCUCCAGGCACCAAUGGACAUCCGGGUAACCGAGGAGAAAAAGGCAGCAAAGGAGACCAUGGAGAUAACGGCCUUCCAGGACCAAAGGGUGAAAGGGGAGACAAAGGAGAACAAGGAGAGCCAGGUCCUAGGGGUUUACCUGGGGAUCAAGGACCAGGUGCAAAGGGAGAGAAAGGCGACCCUGGCAUUCCAGGUCCUAGAGGACCAAGUGGUUACAAUGGAACACAAGGUCUUCCUGGGCCACCAGGUACCAAAGGAGAGAAGGGAGAGAUGGGAAGCGAGUUGACUGUGCGUCUUGUGCCAGGAAAAAACCAAGGACGAGUGGAAGUGAAGCACAACAAUGUCUGGGGCACUGUGUGUGAUGACAGGUUUGACCGUUUGGAUGGCUUGGUGAUCUGUAAGAUGCUGGGCUUCCAGACUGUCCAUUCCACCUUUACUGCCGACCCAGGUUCUGGCAAGAUCUGGCUGGAUGAGCUGCGGUGCACAGGAGCCGAGGAUGAUAUCUUUGAUUGCCCUCGAGGUCAAAUCGGUGUUAAUGACUGCAACCACAAUGAAGACGCUGGGUUACACUGUGUCUAGACUGAAGAUGGAAUCUCUGCUCUCAUGGAAUCAAGAGCAACAAAAUGUUUUCUGAAACUCAGUGUUCACUAUAUAUCACAGGAAAUAUUUCACAUUUUACUUCACUGCAUUUAUAUAUUUGACAGUUUUGCUCAAAACUUACUUUAAUGAUUGAGCUUUAAAAACCUGUUAUGAGCUUAUGAUUCAGUACUAUACAAAAAGCCUGCACAUUAACGACGUAACAGUAAUUUUCCUUGUAGAUCACUAUAAAAUAUCCCUGAUAAAGAAACUCAAACUUUA